AUGAAGCUUCUCAGUUGUCUCGUCUUUGUCCCUCUUAUCGUUGCGCACAACCCACGACAGUAUGAGGCACUCCAAGCAGCUCCUGGCGAUCUGAUGCCGCGAUUCUUUAUCGAUCGCUCAUUUCCUUUGGCAAAACGCGCAGGGGAUUGUGGUUCGGAUCAUCACAACUGCUGUUGCGACAACGACCAAGAGUGCACCCAGGUCAGUGGCGAGGGAUAUUGCGCUCAAGCUAUACCAACAGAAAGUGGUGUCACGAUUGUCGACGACAACGACGGCGGCGGCGGCCUGUCAGAUGGUGCAAAGGCAGGGAUUGGCGUUGGUGUCGUUGUGGGAGCCAGUAUCAUUGUUGGUGGGCUAACUUGGAUGUGUCUACGCAAGCGACGCCAGCGACGCCAGCGCACUGCAUCAAGGCCAUCAGCAUCUGGCGAAGGAGACGGCAGUGCGCCCCCUCGAGAUGCCAUGACAGAUAUAUCCGGGAGCCAUGCCCGGUCAGGCUUGACUCGGGACUACUUUGGACCAGACCCAGCAGCAGGACCAUAUACUGAGCAAGCAAGCUCACGGGUCACCUCACCUGGAAGAACUGCUGCUGUGCCGAUGCAUGCACAAUCCCCUGGAGACAUCGCCGCGCCCGUGGAGAUCGACUCUGCGAAUAGAGACGGCAGCGAUCUUCUAUCACCCAUGUCAAGCCCGAGCAUAUACCAGACACCCCUUUCUGAAACAAUAGACGGUCGGUUCGAACUGUACGGUGACGACUCAGCCAUGACACCAGACCGUCCCUUGUCAAUCGUUCCCACUCCUCCACAGAGUGUAGCCGGGGAUGUCGCAACGAAGCAAAAGCAAUAA